AUGACAUUCAUUGAAAACACUUCAUUGAACAACACCAGCUUGGCUGUGAGUGAUCGUUUUGAUAAUGCUGAUACCUCCAAGAUCAUGGACACUGCCACGAGUACAGAUAAUACCUCUUUAAAGAGUGCUACCCCCGACACAUCACUGAAAAGUCCCAAAGAACAAUCUACUUUGUCGGAUACUGUUGUUAGCAAGCCUUUUUUCAACUCAUCUGAAAAUGGUCAACCCACAGAUUUAUUGACAUCAGCUCAAGCAUCACCUAUUUUUAUCCUAGAUUCUCCAAAUAGUGACCAACAGGAUACUCCAAAUACAAUGUCAAAACCCACUGCAAAUUCAUUCAGAUCCAUCAGCACACCCAGUUCCACACACUCUGAAAUAUCAUCAAAAUCCAUGCCGGUACGUCAAAAACCAACCUCAUCGAGUAUUGGCACUAUGGCAUAUUCUAAUGGCUCAAAAUCGCCAGGUAUUAAACAGCCCUACAAGCCUCGUAGUAUUUCUUAUGCCCAUGAAUAUCGCCCAUCCGAGUUUAUCGAUGAUAUGCCACCACCCAGUGCAUUUAUUAGUGAAAUAGAAAGUCUUCAUGCAUUUCAUGGAACUUCGAGUCUCGGAUCAGUACCUAUUGAGCCAAAAUAUCCAUACAUGUCUCGUGAAUCUGAAUCAUCUGAAUUCAAAGACGCCGGCUUGACAAAAGAUCGAUCUUUUGUGUUUAAAAAGCCUGCUAGUCCAUUUCAAUCAUCGUCAUCAUCACUACCUAAUCCGAAAACCAAGACGAGCACUGAAUCACCUGAAUCAUUAGAUACUUCGCAUAAAUCAUGGUUUGCCUAUAACCCCACUUCAUAUUUGACAACACCUACCACUCCUGCUAUCCCAGAAACUGAAUCGACCAUGUUUCUAAUUUCUCCAGACUCGGUGACUGUGGAUAUGCCAAGUAUGAAACGGAAUGCAGAUAUGCAUGAAAUAUUUCCUGAAAUGGAAAGCGACGAGCUUCUGAUUGAAGACUAUUCUUGUGCAUGGCAAAAAGACUUGCUGCUUCACGGAAGAUUGUAUAUUACCACAAAAGGAUUAGCAUUUAAUGCUAAAAUUAUUUGGUCCUAUUCUAACAUUAUACCUUAUUCAGACAUUAUUUCCAUGGAAAAAAAGAAUGUGGUUGGGAUUAUCCCAAGCGCAAUCGAGGUUUCCACUACAACCACAAAGCACUUUUUUGCAACCUUUUUAACAAGAGAUACCACUUUAGAGCUAGCCACUCGUAUCUGGAUGGGAUAUCCUAAUAACAUUAUACGGUCAAAGUUGCCUAAUAAUGAAAUGCGUUCAAGCGAUGACUCUCUUGCUCAAACUGAAGAUUUGGUAUUGUCUGAUUUACCACAGCUAAUACCUCGUUCAAACGAUGGGAGUUCGAUUCAUUCUCGACACUCCCGCACCGUGUCUGCGGGAUAUGUACCCAUUACAGCCACUUCUCCCAUAGAUUUUAAAGCACCAUCUUCAUUGCAGCUUGACAAUUUUGAUUGGAUGUCGCCAAUUUCUCCCACAUCAGAUUUGCGAUUUGUUUCUCAAAUUUCAUCGGGCUUCCAAUAUCCGUCGCGACCACGAUCGUACUCACAAUCUCUUCCACCUACCAUAUCACCACUGUAUGGCUCAGACAAGAAUGUGUCGUCGGCAUCGUUACUGCUUUCCAAAAAUAUUGGUUUGGCCGAACUUGUCACAUUUGAUACGAAUUCUGUAGACAAUCAAUCAGUGGCAGAAAGUAUAGAACAGUUCACCUCUGAUUUAAUUUCCGACACCAGUUUGCAGCCCGUAUCUCAUAGAGCACAUAUUGUUCACCAAAAACACCCCGUAGUGUUUAAAUCAGAUACACCUAGACCUUUAAAACGAAUAGCGCCGCAUCCAUCUAUGAGUUCGUUAAAGUCCAAGAUGAUAUCGGACAGUAAACCUUUAUCUUUGGAAACCCCGCUUGAAAAGGAUACGCAUCAAACUCGUACGGUUCCUGAAUCUACGCAGCCUGUUGAUUGUAGCUGCGAUCCAAUUCAUGCCAAGAUGAAGCCACUAUUAGAUACAAAUGUCCCACUACCGUUGGAAACGGUGUGGGUUUUGCUAUAUGGAUUCAAAUCUGCCACUACAGGGUUUUUGCAUAAUUUUUGGAUUACCGAGUGCAAACAUCGCAAUUUGAAAGGUGUUGACUGGGUAGCAGAAAGUGUUGUAUUGGAUGAUCCCAAAGAUUUCGAGGAAAAGACGGACGAAAUAGGAUUUGACGGUGUUACAUUAGGAUCGCAUAAAAAGGUUGAAUAUGUUAUUCCCCUGACCAAUCCUCUUGGACCCAAAGAGACUCGGUGUCGAAUCCAUGAUCAGAUUGUUCAAAAGACAGAUUUAAUGGUAUGCAUUCGUUCAGUCAACACAACACCCGAUGUACCGUCUGGGACGGCAUUUGAGGCAAUCACCCGUAUUUGCCUAACAUUUGUUUCUCCUAACAUUACACGCAUGAGAGCAUCUUGUGAUAUUGAGUAUUCCAAAUCAACAUGGAUCAAAAUGGCUAUUGAUCGUGCUAUUCCUGAAGGUCUUAAAGCAUACCAGAUAUCAUUACUGACAGCUCUUCGACUUCAUAUUACAAAAAACCCAGACUUGGUUAAACUUCAAUCACGCCAUUCUGCCAGCACUGCUAAUGAUAUUCAGGUUGAAGACAGUACUGUUUCAAAUGAUCGUGUUUCUUGUCAGUCACCAGCCAGACAAACAGUAUCAACGAAUGCAACACAUGAUGCCAACACUGGCGCAGUUGACACUCGACCACUUGCUUUGCAACAAAACCCCAAAAAUACGCAAGGCUUUACCCAAGUUUCAUCAGUCCAUUUACUGAUUGUACUUGUAUUCAUGCUUUGUAUAGCAAUGGCGAAUCUCACUGUCUUGUGGCGUUUGUUAAACGAAGUCAGUCUAUUACGUGGUGAAGUGUCCAGAAUGGGAGAUGUCAUCAUUCGACAAGAUAAAAUUCUGCAGCAUUCCCAUACGCUUCAGUCUAGUAUAGAUAGAAGCAAGCUUGUUUUUAUGGAGGAUAAAACCUGA